GGCGGCGGCGCUCCCGCCAGUGUGUCGUCGGCUGCAGAUCGCAGCGCCGCCCGGCCGCUGCCAUGAUGGUGUGGGCGGCGCUGGCGACGCUGCUGUGCUGCGCGGCGCUGGGCGCGGGCGCGGGCGACGGAGCCGGCCUGCUGGUGCUGAAAUGCUGCGCCGAGGACGAGGUCGUCGACGUGGCCGAGGAGAAGUGUCUGAAGCAACCGGAAGAGGCCACGAACCGAUCGCGCUCGCCCUUCUGGCUGCCCGAGUGGCUGCGUGCGGAGCCGGGCCUCGAGGUGGAGUUCGACGGCCUCGGCUGGCUGCACCGCUGGCAGAGGGAGGGGUACGGGGCGCCCGCGCCGCGGGCGUGGCUGGGCGCGGAGGAGCCGCUGGGGCGCCGCCUGCUCGCCGUGGACGCGGACGCGCGCCGCUUCGUGCUGCAGCCCUUCGGCCAUGUCGAUGAGCGCACGGUGGCCGGCCAACAGAUGUGCUUCGACGUGACGCUGGACCCGCGCCGCCCGUUCGUGGUCGCCACGUGGCUGGACAGCGUGGCGCUGAACAAGUGCUGCGGGAGGGGUGCGCGACUCAGCGGGCGCCUGCAGUGCCGACCGCCAGCGGUGCCGCGCCAGCCCGACCGCUUCCCCGACGUGGACUUCCUGCGGCCGCUCAACAGCAGUCCGUGGGUGCCCGGGCACUUCAGGGAGGCGGUGCCGGCGGCCGACGUCUACUACGACAUGCUGCGGGAGAUGCCGGGCGCCGAGGGGACGCUAGUGGACGCUGACGACCCCUCCGCCUGGCACUUGCUGUUCCCCCGGCCGCACGAGCAGUGGGCAGAGGCCGUGUGGGUGCGCACAGACGGGGGCGUGGAGGGCGCCAGCCCCUUCUUCUGCUUGGACGCGACCGAGGCGGGCUCGGGGCUGCCGGCGCGCGUGCUGCUGGCGCGGGUGGCGCUCGUGAGCAAGUGCUGCCGGCGCGGCCAGCAGUUGGAGCCGCGCGAGAUGGAGUGCCGGGUGCGGUCGCAGGCGGAGGUGGACGCGCGGCCUCAAGAGCUGCUGGCUCCCGCCGACCCCUCGGCCUACUGGCUGCCGCGCGCGCUGGCCGCCGAGGGCCGCGCGCUGCCCGUGUGGUACCGCCACAAUUGGGACGAGUGGCCGCUGCGGCUGGUGUUCCCGGCGGAGCGCGCGCGCGUGACGCGCUUCCCCGACCGACCGCCAGUGGCGUGCGUGACGCUGCGCAGGCCCUCCGGCCGCGAGUACGUGGCGUGCGCCAGCGACUUCUGCUUCGAGGCGCUGGCCGGCGGGACGGGGCAGCGAGUGUUCGCCGUUGACGAGUUCGACGGAAUCGAGGUCGUCACGGUGCACAAGUGCUGCCACCAGGGUCAGGUGCUGCACGUAGAACGAGGCGCUUUGGGGUCCUCCAAAAUCCGCUGUCGCCCGGACGCCGCGGAAGACUGGUCCCCCGAGAACUCCUCGCUGGCAGACGAGCUCCUCCCCGAGCGCCUGUACGUGGGGCAGCCGCUCCAGGAGUGCCUGGCCCAGGCGCUGACGCUCGUAGACGAGAGGCCGGAGCGCGAGAUGAAGAAGCUAGUGGGCGUGGGCUUCGAGGGGCACUUCGCUGUGCGCUUCUACUGCAAGGACCUCUUGCGCGACGGCGACGGCGGCUCCGUGCGGGACGUCCUGGCGUUUUGCGAGAUGCCUCCCAACGCGGAGCUCUUCAGAAAGGUGCGGCCGCUGCCACGUUGUGGCGGCGCCGCUGCUGGCGUGGCGGUGGUCGCCGUCGUGGCCCAGCGCCCUCACUCUACGCAGCACCACGCACGGGCGCGCGCUCGCCUGCCACGCCGCCUGCCUCAUGGCCUCCAACGCCUUGCAGGCCGCCUGGUUCUUCUCGCACGACUGGCGCAAGAGCUGCGACGGCUUCGCGUACGCCAUCUACUACUUCUUGGUGGCCGGCGCCUUCUGGCUGAACGUCAUCUCCGUCAACAUGACACAAGGCUUCAGGCGCCCGCAGGGUGCGCGGUCGCGGGAGGGCGGCGGUGGCGGGCGGCGGCGGUGGCGGCUGGUGCUGUUGUACGCGUGGGGGCUGCCCGCUGUCUUCACCGCCGUCUGCAUCACCGCCCACCAGUACGAGAAGGAGGCCCAGCGACGUGGCUACGUCACGCCCACCUUCUUCGAGACCAGGACCUGCUUUGUAGAGUACCAUCACCAGUCGACGGACCUCCAAGGUAACUACAACUGGACCAAGGGCAAUCGUGUGGAAGAGAGCCGAAAACUGGGCGCGGUGUACUACUAUUACCUGCCGUGCGGGGCGCUAGUGGCGGUCAACGCAGUGUGCCUGGUGAUGACGCUGUGCCGCAUUCGGGAAUUGCGCCGUGAUGUCCUGCGCCUCAAGCAGGAGCCUGGCUUGCUCCAGAGGUACUGCACAUGCGCCUACGCGUACAUCCUGCAGCUCUAUGUAAACUCUGUGCAUACUGUGUGCCUCUAA